AUGGCGAGACUCACUGACGAUGCCGACUAUGGUGUCGGCGAAUCGUCUGGGAAUGUACCACGUCCACGGUCCGACUCUGGAAAUAAUGAUGCAUACAAUGGACUCCGGACUAGGUGCGUUCAUCUAAGUCUUCCUACCAAUAUGACCGAGUUGCGAAAACAAGGUCAAACAACUUCAAUAACUUGGUAG